ACAGAAAUAGAAGAAGACAUGCGGCAGUUUUGCUGAUUGAUGAUCUGAGCUCUCCGACUCUACUAAUCAUCUUUACAUUCAAAUAUUUCUGACAGGGUUUUACCUCCACAGUUCCAUCUGAUCCGUUGUGGGUGUAUUUGAGGAGGUUAACUGCGUUCUGCUGUAAAGACCGAGGCAUGACUGCUGUCCUGUUGCAGGUGUUCUGCUGUCUUGCAUAUGCAGUGUAAGUUUACCUCCACAAGAAUAUCAAGAGAUCCAACUGGGAUGAAAUCAGAUGAAAUUAAAUGUGAGGAUGUCGAACCCUCAGAGAGCUCCAAUCAUCACCAAAGCUCAUCUGAUUUUUCCCACAUGAACACCUCUCCCAAACCAAUUAAACAAGAAAUUCACCACUGCUCAUUGUGUGGGAAGAGUUUCAGUAAGAAGAGUUAUCUCAAACAACACCAGCGGAUUCACACGGAAAAUAAACCAUAUAACUGCUCACAGUGUGGGAAACGUUUUACCAGCCAGAGUCAUCUCCAGCGACACCAGCUCAUUCACACGGGAGAGAAACCGUAUCAGUGUUUGAAGUGCAAGAAGAGGUUUAUUGAAAGUGGUAUUCUCAUAAAGCACCAGAGAAUUCACACAGGAGAAAAGCCAUAUCAGUGCUCACAGUGUGGGAAGAGUUUUAUACAAUUGAGUUCUCUCCAUAAACAUCAGCGCAUUCACACAGGAGAUAAACCGUAUCACUGCUUACAGUGUGGAAAGAGUUUUAAUCGUGAGGACAGUCUACAAUUACACCAACGCGUUCACACAGGAGAGAAGCCAUAUUACUGCUCACACUGUGGGAAGAGUUUUACACAGUGGGGUUCUCUUCAUAAACAUCAGCGCAUUCACACAGGAGAUAAACCAUAUCACUGCUUACAGUGUGGAAAGAGUUUUACUCGAGAUGACAGUCUACAAUUACACCAACGCGUUCACACAGGAGAGAAACCGUAUUACUGUUCACAAUGUGGGAAGAGUUUUACUUGCCAGAGUCAUCUCCUAAGACAUCAGCGCAUUCACACAGGAGAGAAACCGUAUCAGUGUUCUCAGUGUGGAAAGAAGUUUACACAGAGGAGUAAUCUCAAACAACACCAGCGUGUUCACACAGGAGAGAAACCGUAUCACUGCUAACAAUGUGGGAGGAGUUUUAGGACAAACAGAAAUUUUCAGCGACACAAGCACAUUGACAUACCUGAGAAUGAGGACAUGCUGCAAUUCUUUUUAGAAAGUGUUUAUCGCAUCAUCAUUAGAUAUAAAGUUAUCAUAAAGAUUUUAUCUGUUCAUAAAUUUUGGAAUUCUAAGACAGAAUUGCUGAAUAAUUGUUAAAACGUUGGACAACCAUGAACUAAAAUAAAUGGUACACUUUGUUAAUUAAGAAGUCAGGAUUUGACCAGACAUGCAAUUACAGUCAUGUGGAAAGAAUAAGCACACCCCAUGCAAAUUGUUGGUGUUUUUGGCAUAUUUGGACAAGCAAACAUUUGAUCAUCUUUGAAACAGUAUCUAUUAAAAAGUUGAUAUAUUUGAACAUAACCAUGAGAAAAAUUCGCUUUUUCAAUCAUUUAUUCAAAAGAAUAGAUGUGAUAUUCUUCUGUGGAAAAAGUAAGUACACCCUUGGCCUCUGAAGCUUAUAUUGCCCCCUUUAGCAGAAAUAACUUCUUUUAGGUGUUUUGCAUAAUUGUGCACCUUGCUGGAAGUUUUGACCACUCUUCCAUACAAUAUUUUUUCAGCUGCAAGAUGUUUGAGAAUUUACUGCCAGUUUCAAAACCUCUCACAACAUUUGAAUGGGGUUCACAUCUUGGCUUUGACUAGGCCAUUCCAUAACCCUCCAUUUCUUCUUUUUGAGCCAUUCCUUGGUGGAUUUGCUCGUGUGCUUAGGACUUUUGGACAGAUGGCUUCAUAUUAUAUUCAAGCACUCUUUGAUAUGAUGCAGAAUUCAUAGUUGAAUCAAUGAAUGCAUACUGCUUCACAGUUGGUAUGAGGUACUUCUCCUGAAAAGCAACAUUUUCAAGAUUUACCAGCAGAUCCUGUGAUGGAAAUUUUGGGGUUCUUGGAGACUUGUUUUUGCAUCAGACGGUCUGCUCUUGGGAUGAAUUUGCUGGGAUGACCAGUCCUAGACUAAUUGGUGCUCAUUUACUCAUUCACACCUUUAAUAUCUGUAUACCGUGUUGAUAUUUCUGUAAAGCUGCUUUGAGACAAUGUCUAUUGUAAAAAGCGCUAUACAAAUAAAAUUGAAUUGAAUUGAAU